AUGGCGGCACGUUCUGAGAGCUCUCAAAAUGCACCAGGAGCGUCGCACCAUCUAGAAAAGGAGGUUCGGCUCGAGCCAGACGCCGAGGCUGUCGAGGAGAUUCUAGAAGAUGACGCGGAAGAUGCGGAGAAGAAUCGCGAAACUACGCGGAAAGAACGACGAGGGGAAGCGGAGGCGGCAAGGGAGACUGGUGGGAGGGAAGGUGGAGACGAGGUGGGGCAAGGGGAGGAAGGGGAGGAAGAGGAGGAAGAGGAGGAUUGGGAAAUGGAGGAGCAUCUAACGAUCGGUGAUAUAAUGAAUCGGGCAAUUGCGGAGCAAGCGUUCCCGGGAGGAACAGUGGCGUUUGGCUCAUUCGAGGGCCCUGUUUUCCACGCCUACUCGCUCUGGGACCUCGCCUCUCUAACCAAGAUCAUGGCCACUGUCCCUGCUGCAAUGAUUCUCUACGAGAAAGGUCUAUUGGACUUACAAGCCCCAGUGCAUCGCUACCUACCUGCGUUCGGAGCAAACGGCAAGCAUGUGGUGACGGUGCAGAUGCUGCUGACUCACACCGCUGGGCUGAGGGAGUUCCAACCCUUCUUCGCCCUCCAGCUCUCCACUCGUCAGCAGGUGCGCGCCUCUUGCCCUAUAACAUCCAUCCAAUCCUCUCAACACAGAAGGCAGCAGGUGUGGUCUCGAGGUCUGAGGGGAAUGAAAGGGGUGUGUAUCGUCGUGAGGAAUGGAAGGGCAGUGACUGUGUGGAACGGCAAGCAUGUAGUGACGGUGCACAUGCUGCUGACACACACCGCUGGGCUGAGGGAGUUCCACCCCUUCUUCGCCCUCCAGCUCUCCACUCGCCACCAGGUGAUUGACUUUAUAAUGGCGGACCAUCUCUGGUAUCCCCCUAUAGUCACAACCCGCUACAGCGACCUCUCCAUGAUCGUGCUGGCGCUCGUGAUCGAGCGAAUCACAGGCUGCCACCUCAGUACGUUCGUGCACCGGGAGAUCUUCAGCCGGCUGGGCAUGACAAGCACAGCGUUUCGACCAAUCCCAGGGCAUCACGGCAGCACGUUCCGACCAAUCGGGGACUCAGGAGGAGUUGAUCCGCGUGUGGUCCCUACAGAGGUGGAUUCUCUGCAUCGCAAGAAGCUGCUGUGGGGAGAAGGUGAGAGAGGGAAGGGAGUGCACGAUCCCACGGCAUGGAUCAUGGGGGGUGUGGCGGGUCAUGCAGGGCUGUUCUCGACCAUUCUUGACGUCACCAAGUUUGCGCGCUGUAUGCUUGCAGGGGGCACGGACCCUACCACAGGGCAUCAGCUCGUGUCAUCACGAACUCUCCACGUCUCAACAUCCCUCUUUGUUGCUCUUCCCCUCUCCGACUCUCUCAGGUGGGAUGUGGCCAGCAGAAGGGGCAAGGAUGGGUACACAUCAGCAGGCCGAUUCAUGGGCCCACGCACCUUUGGCCACACCGGCUUUACUGGUGAGACAUUGUGGUAUGAAGCAGAUGCUCUUUAUAUUCUUGAAAAAACACCCACGUCGGUGGGUAGAUUCAUGGGCCCAUGCACCUUUGGCCACACCGGCUUUACUGUCGCCACUCUUGGCUCACUGGCCCUCUUGCUACUUAACCUCACUCCCACCCACACCUCCGCCACACAAUCACCCUCUCCCAUAAUCACAAUCACCCUCUCUGUUCAGGACACCCCAACGGCCCUCACCGUUCGUGACGACACCCCAACGGCCCUCACCGUUCGUGACGUGAGGCCUCUCAUAGCCAACGCUGCAGUCACCACGCUCGGUCAACUGGGCCUCCCUCGGCGCACCCUCACCUGGCACCUCGGCUCGCAACCAGGCACACAGACAGACGCACAGAUAGAUUUCGAGGCUCGUGCAGAAACAGUCGCAGAUACAGAUGUGGAGAGCGGUGUCGAGGCUGGUGCGGAAGCAGGGGCACGGGCAGCGGACGGCACAACAUGGGUUCGAGAAGCGAGGAUAGCAGCAGCAUGUGGGGGACCAGGAGAAGCGAUAGCAGGAGGAGAAGGAAGAGCAGGCCAGGUAUCCAUGUUGAUCGCAGCUCAAGGAAGAAGGAUGGGAGCAGCACCACCAACGGGAGGCAGGCUGGCAGCCAAGCAAUCUCUGUCUCAGCACAGAGAACCGCUUUCCCCUCAGAAGGUGCGGGCUACCCUGCAGCAGACCCAGCAGUGUGGGCAUGCACUGCCGAAGCCAUGCCGACCGGCCGUGGGCUGCGGAGCAGCAGAGGCGUGCGCGGCAGUGGAUGGGUGCCGAUCCAGCUGCAUGCAUGAAGCAGCAGAGGUGUGCCAAUCAGGUGGGUUGUGUGAGGCAGGUAGAUGCAAAGCAGUUGUGGUGAAGAGGUAG